AUGGCCGAGUCAGUGACUCGAAUGUUGGUUAAAACAAGUAAAGGAUCAGUGUCUGUGUUGUAUGUGGUGUCAAGAGAAGCCUGCUUUGGUAACUACCCAGGUUGCUCUCAACUACAUGUUUUGUUUCCAAGGUCUGUUCUUUUGCCCGAUGCAGCUUCUUUGUGGCUUCAUAACUUCUGCAUUUAUCACAUUGAUGCCCCUGGGCAUGAGGAGCUCAUGAGAUUUUCUUCAGAUGUUCCACUGCUUAGUGUAGAUGACUUAGCUGAGCAGUUGCAGAGGUGCUCGAUUUUUUGGACUGAAAAGGUACUGUGCCUGGGAGUGACUGCUGGUGCUUACCCUUACACUCUUUGCAAUGAAAUAAAGAGCGGGUGCUUGAUUAAUACUUGUCUCCCCUUUUGCAAAGCACCUUCUUGGGCAGAGUGUCUUUACCAUAAGGUGUUAAUGAACUUGUUGUACUUCUAUGGAAUGUGUGGAGUGUUGAAGGAGUGUGAACAUGGUGAAGAAUCAGACAUAAUUCAAGCUUGCCGACGGGUUUUGGAUCAAGGCCAAAGUUUAAAUGUCAUGCGCUUUCUUCAAGCAAUUAAUGAGAGGCAUGACCUUACAGACGGCUUGCAGAAUCUGCAGUGCAAAAUGCUUAUUUUUGUGGGUGAAAGUAGUCCAUUCCAUGCUGAAUCCGUGUUUAUGAGUGCCGCAAUGGGAAAAAAAAGCUGUGCUCUAGUCGAGGUUCAGGCAUGCGGCUCAUUGGUAACAGAAGAAUACCCAUUAGCCAUGUUGAUUCCAAUCGAGUUCUUUCUAAUGGGGUUCGGAUACUAUAGACAACCACACUUUGCUUCUUCAUCAAGCAAUGGCUCAAACCCUACUAGCCCGUCAAACCACUCUUGCAUAGCACCGGAACUUCUUUCUCCCGAAAGUCUAGGUAUCAAGCUAAAACCGAUCAAAACGCGCGCAGAUAUUGAAAUUUGAUGCUAUACAGUACGAGUUUCCAUCACACAGAGUGAUCUCAUUAACUUGCCUUGUCCAAUCAGAGGAAGAAGGAUAGCUUAUUCUUUCAUUGUGUUUGUAGAUGUAUUAAUUCUUUGUUAAAAUAGUGGCGAUGAAGGUAUUAUAUUAGCCUAGAUACAAUAUAUAUAGUAUAUAUAUAUAUCAUAGUCGGAACACCAUUCUUUAGAGAGGGAGGAUUAUUCUUUUUCUGUAACCGAUGUCCAAGUUGUACACAUUACCACAACACUGUAACUUUUAAUUUUUCCAGUACAGCUUAUUGAGUAAUUGAGAGAGAACAUUAUUUUCUUA